CGGAGGAGGAGGAGGAGGAGGAGGAAGAAGAGGAGGCGGAGAAGGAGGGGGGUGACUGAGCGCCUCUUGCACUCUCACACACAAACGCUGCCCAGCAUUGCCCGCCCGCUCACGGCGUGUUGCGCGCUUUUCCGCUCCUCGCGGCCCCCCCACCCCCACAUUGUUCUCUCAGGACUCCUGGGUCCCCAGGGGCUGAAACUGGGCCUGAGCUGGGGCGGGAAGAGAUUUGGCCUUGACCGAAGGGUCAGAGAUAUUUGGGGCCAGGCCCCCCGCCCCAUAUUCCCUCCCCCACGUCGCUUUUUGGGGGUGUGGAUUAUCUCAUCCCCGCAGGGAGGUGGGAGAGGGCGCCGGCUGCCAGUCUCCCUGCCGCUUCCCGGGCGGCGCUGGCCCGCGGUAGCCCCGCAGCAUGAGGUGGUGCUGGCGGCUCCGGGCCGUGGCGCGGCCGCUGCGGCGGCUGCUGCUCGGGGAGCGCUGAGGGAGCCCCCCGGAGCGGCGCGGCAGAGGCGUUUCUCCCGGUUCGCCCGGGCCUCGAGGUUUUGUUUUGUUUUUUUUUCUCCAGCCGAGAGGACGCGGCUGUGAUACGAAGAUCUUGUGUGGACAGUAAUGACCUCACGUUUCCGAUUGCCUGCUGGCAGAACCUACAAUGUACGAGCAUCAGAGUUGGCCCGAGACAGACAGCAUACAGAGGUGGUUUGCAACAUCCUUCUUCUGGAUAACACUGUCCAAGCUUUCAAAGUUAAUAAACAUGAUCUGGGACAAGUUCUGUUGGAUAUAGUCUUCAAGCAUCUUGAUUUGACUGAGCGAGACUAUUUUGGUUUACAGUUGGCUGAUGAUUCCACAGAUAACCCAUCUUCUUUAUUUAUUUUUCAGAGGUGGCUGGAUCCAAACAAACCAAUAAGGAAGCAGCUAAAGAAACUGCUUUUAUUAAUUCUAGGAGGAUCUCCUUACAGUUUGAACUUUAGAGUCAAAUUUUUUGUAAGUGACCCCAACAAGUUACAAGAAGAGUAUACAAGGUACCAGUAUUUUUUGCAAAUCAAACAAGACAUUCUUACUGGAAGAUUGCCCUGUCCUUAUAAUACUGCUGCCCUUUUAGCUUCAUUUGCUGUUCAGUCUGAACUUGGAGACUACAAUCAGUCAGAAAACUUGCCAGGCUACCUCUCAGAUUAUUCUUUCAUUCCUAAUCAACCUCAAGAUUUUGAAAAAGAAAUUGCAAAAUUACAUCAGCAACAUAUGGGCUUAUCUCCUGCAGAAGCAGAAUUUAAUUACCUAAACACAGCACGUACCUUAGAACUCUAUGGAGUUGAAUUCCACUAUGCAAGGGAUCAGAGUAACAAUGAAAUUAUGAUUGGUGUGAUGUCAGGAGGAAUUCUGAUUUAUAAGAACCGGGUACGAAUGAAUACCUUCCCAUGGUUGAAGAUUGUGAAGAUUUCUUUUAAGUGCAAACAGUUUUUUAUUCAACUUAGAAAAGAAUUGCAUGAAUCUAGAGAAACAUUAUUGGGAUUUAAUAUGGUAAAUUACAGAGCUUGUAAAAAUUUGUGGAAAGCAUGUGUAGAACAUCACACAUUCUUCCGUUUGGACAGACCACUUCCGCCUCAAAAGAAUUUUUUUGCACAUUAUUUUACAUUAGGUUCAAAAUUCCGGUACUGUGGGAGAACUGAAGUCCAGUCAGUUCAGUAUGGCAAAGAAAAGGCAAAUAAAGACAGGGUAUUUGCAAGAUCCCCAAGUAAGCCUUUGGCACGGAAAUUAAUGGAUUGGGAAGUAGUAAGCAGAAAUUCAAUAUCUGAUGACAGGUUAGAAACACAAAGCCUUCCAUCUCGGUCUCCACCUGGAACUCCUAAUCAUCGAAAUUCUGCAUUCACACAAGAGGGAACCCGGUUACGACCAUCUUCAGUUGGUCAUUUGGUAGACCAUGUGGUACACACUUCGCCAAGUCAAGAUUUUGUGAGUCAGAGAUCUCCAUCAUCAACACAGGCUAAUAGCAUCAUUCUUGAAUCAUCACCAUCACAAGAGACCCCUGAAGAUGGGCAACCUCCAGCUUUACCACCUAAACAAUCUAAGAAAAAUAGUUGGAACCAAAUUCAUUACUCACAUUCUCAGCAAGAUCUGGAAAAUCAUACUAAUGAAGCAUUUGAUGUACCAUCUUCCCCUGAAAAGUCUACUCCUAAUGGUGGUAUUCCACAUGAUAAUCUUGUUCUAAUCAGGAUGAAACCUGAUGAAAAUGGAAGGUUUGGAUUCAAUGUAAAAGGAGGGUAUGAUCAGAAGAUGCCUAUAAUUGUGUCCCGAGUAGCACCAGGAACACCUGCUGAUCUCUGUGUCCCUCGAUUGAAUGAAGGGGACCAAGUUGUACUGAUUAAUGGUCGGGACAUUACAGAACAUACCCAUGAUCAAGUUGUCCUAUUUAUUAAAGCUAGCUGUGAGAGACAUUCUGGGGAACUCGUGCUUCUAGUUCGACCUAAUGCUGUGUAUGAUGUAGUGGAAGAAAAACUAGAAAAUGAACCAGACUUCCAGUACAUUCCUGAGAAAGCCCCACUAGAUAGUGUGCAUCAAGAUGACCAUUCCCUGCGGGAGUCAAUGGUCCAGCUAGCUGAGGGGCUUGUUACUGGAACAGUCCUGACACAAUUUGAUCAACUAUAUCGUAAAAAACCUGGAAUGACGAUGUCUUGUGCCAAAUUACCUCAGAAUAUUUCCAAAAAUAGAUACAGAGAUAUUUCGCCUUAUGAUGCUACACGGGUCAUUUUAAAAGGUAAUGAAGACUACAUCAAUGCAAACUAUAUAAAUAUGGAAAUUCCUUCUUCAAGCAUUAUUAAUCAGUAUAUUGCUUGUCAAGGUCCAUUACCACACACUUGUGCAGAUUUUUGGCAAAUGACUUGGGAACAAGGCUCCUCCAUGGUUGUAAUGUUGACCACACAAGUUGAACGUGGCAGAGUUAAAUGUCAUCAGUAUUGGCCAGAACCCUCAGGAAGUUCGUCCUAUGGAUGCUACCAAGUUACCUGCCAUUCAGAAGAAGGAAACACUGCCUAUAUCUUCAGGAAUAUGACACUGUUUAACCAAGAGAAAAAUGAAAGUCGUCAACUCACUCAGAUCCAGUAUAUAGCCUGGCCUGACCACGGAGUCCCUGAUGAUUCAAGUGACUUUCUGGAUUUUGUUUGUCAUGUACGAAAUAAGAGGGCUGGCAAAGAAGAACCUAUUGUUGUUCAUUGCAGUGCCGGAAUUGGAAGAACUGGAGUUCUUAUUACUAUGGAAACAGCCAUGUGUCUCAUUGAAUGCAAUCAACCAGUUUAUCCACUAGACAUUGUAAGAACAAUGAGAGAUCAACGAGCCAUGAUGAUCCAAACACCUAGUCAGUACAGAUUUGUCUGUGAAGCUAUUUUGAAGGUUUAUGAAGAAGGCUUUAUUAAACCCUUAACAACAUCAUCAAAUAAAUAAGAAACAAAAGAUCUGGGAUACAUGUUGGAAAACUGCUUUUCAUUAUAUUCACUGUGCCAUGAUACUGCUUACAGGAAAUGGCAUCUCACAAAAAAAUGAAGAACUCAAAAAAAACUUUUGAAAACUUCAGCACUGUUGCACUUUAUGUUUAAAAAAAGUCAACCCUUCAAAAUCUUGACUCGUGUUUGAAGACUAUUUCAUGCUUUGCUCCGAACAAAUAGUGAAUAACUCAGUAUGUUCAGGGUAAUUUAUGAAAUUUUGUGGUGGUGCCAUGCAGUCCCCUUCUGGUAAAAUUGCCACAAACAAGGCUCAGAAUUCUCAUCAUCUCUGUUGUAUACCUGUAUCUUGAAAGCAAAAAGAAGUAAACAUCAGGAGUCAGCUCUUUUUUUUUUUUUCCAGUGGAUCAUGUACUUACUAUACUGAUUACCAGAUUUUAUUUUUAAAAUUGUAGCAAUAUCAUUCUCAAUAUUAGCCAAUACACUGCCUAUGGAUGCAGCACAUCUUUCCCUACACACCCCCUCUAGAGACCUGCUGUUCAGAAGAAGAAAGGUGGAAUUUGCUAUUCCCAGGAAAUGCUGCACAUUGUCCAUUUACCAGCAUCUUAUAAAAAGUAUAAAUAUGAAUCUACACAUUUUCUUGAAUUUAAUAAUGUAAUUAUAUUUAUCAUAAGGUUGGCUUAUUCCAAAUCGUGUGAUUUCACAUACUUGAUGUAAAGGAAUGCAUGCAUUGUGUCUUAACCCCUUAAGUGCCUUGAGACAUCUUCGUAUGUCUAAUGAAAAGGCACUCAUUUGACCCCACUAGGAGGUAUGUAAGUAUAUUGUACAUUCUUACAUUUUUAUGCAUUUUGAAUAAGUUCACAUUUUAAAAACAGGCUUCUUGUAUUGAGAGUUAUGCAGUCAAAGAAGGGUAAAGAAAUUCUAUUUCUUACUCAAUACUUGUAUUUUGCCAUAAGAAGCAAAAAUACUUUGUGUUCUACUGAGUGCACGCUCUGCUGCUACAGAAUUGUUCAAAAUAUGCACAUUCCUUUACUGUGGGACAGGGGUUACAGUUAAGCAGCUCAAUUUAAAAAGAUGCUUUAUUCUUCAAAUUUCAUGUUUAUUUUAUCCCUGACUUUAGAAGUGGCAUCUGAUAAAAUACUGGGACUCUAAGCUCUAGAACAAUAAGUUUUGAUUUAUUCCUAUCUACAACUAAAAUAUUUCUCUUUAGCAUUCAUUUUAGUUAAUACGAAACUUUUUUUUUUUUGGUUGGAUCUUCAAAUGAGAAAUUAACUAUUAUAUUAUUGAGUCUAAGUAUAACCCUUCCUUAAAUAAAAUGAGGGUUUUCUUGUCAUUUUUGUGUACAAUUAAAUUACUCCAGUUUAUAUAUGCUUAUUAAAUUAUAAGCAUGUUUUAUAUAUAAGGAGUUUUUUGAUUAUCCAGUCUGAUUGAGGAUCUUAUUCCCAUUAAGGAUAUUUGUGUUUUCCUCUUCAGGAUUUUUGGGUUUCAAGUCUACAGAGAUAGAACUUUAAAAUUGCCCCAUUUAAGUAAAAGUUUGCCUGCCAAUUCAAAUGUUAUUUUAUAUAAAUAUUUUAUAUGGAUAUGGUUAAAAUAGAUUAAUUUCCUAGUGGUUUCUGAAUAUUUCUGUAUAGUUUUGAUAAAGUUUAGAGUCUAAGGGUUGAUAUUUUGGAAUGCCAUUUAGUAUGAAGGGGAAAAUGUACAUUUAAAAAUCUUAAGUAAAAUCUAAAUGAUGUCAUUUCACAUAUUCAAAAUCCAUCAUAAUACAUUUCAGGAAGUUAAGCUCCUAAACAUUAAUAGCCAAGAUACCAAAUAAAUUAUAUUAAAAUACUUUUAAGUCAUUUUUAAAGAGAGAAACAUAAUCUUUAUUAUCUAUUUUCUGAUUUCAGUUAAGACAGUAUAAAAUAGUAAGUUAAUUAUAGACUUAUUUGAACAUUCCAUUCUGUACCAACAGAUAAAUGUAAUUUAGGCUGCUAUAUAACAUCAUGACAAGUUGAAAAGUGAAAAAGGAAAGUCAUGUUGGGGGGGUCUACAUAUGAAAUAACUGUUUUUGCAGUUGUUUUUGCAUGAAUUAAAGUCUCUGCUAACUGGACAGAAAAUGACAGCCACAGUCAAAAAGAUAACAGUUCUGUAGAUGUAAACAGACAAACGUCUUGCUUGGCAUGUUCUUUAACUUACAGCUUUGUUUACACUUCCGAGGUUAACUCUAAUUGUUGGCAAAGCACUGCUGCCUUUUUUAAUCAUUAAUGCCUGUCUUUAAAUGACAAUGUAUUGGAGAUGUAGAAUUGCAUUUAAAUUUCUCAUGUAUGACUUUUCCUUCUGGAAGCUACCCUUGAUCAGUGUUUGUAUGUACAAAAAAGAUCCUUUUAAAAAGUAUAUUAGGAUCUUAUUUAAAUUUAAAUUAUCCUUCACAACUUCUAAAAUGACUACUCCAAUUAAGCUUCCCUAUUCACCUAACAGUGAAGUUUUUAUCCAUUACACAUAAGAAUUUUUUAACAUGUUUCAAUCUAAAUAGACUUCUAAAAAUAAUGGUAGCUUUCAUAUACGAAGUUGAAUAGUUCUAGACUCCAUCCAUAUCGAUGUAAUGUGUAGUAAAUCACAAAUUUCUUAUACCUAAGCUGUUCUCCCACUCCUCUAGUCACCCCUGCCUCCAUGCCAUUACACACUCGAGAAAGAAUGCUCUUUUAUUCUGACAAGUGGAAAUCAGUAUUGGUGACUCAAGGAACUUUGUAAAUGCUAAGAAGUGUUAGUGAAGAACUUCCCCCUCCAAUUUAAAAUGCUUUUCCUGUGUUCAUUUCAAGUUGUCUUUUUAUUUUAUUUUAUUUUUUAGCAUCUGAUUUGUGUCAACACUGUGUAGAUAGGAGGAAGAACAUUUUGGAAUAAUCUUUGUAUUCACAAGAAUAAUUGGUUAUAUUUGUCAAACUGAUGCAACCAUCCCGAAUUGAGGCAGAGUAAACAUCUCAGAAAAAUUUCUUUUGUCUGGCCCAUUAGGACAAGUAGAAGGAAAAGAAAUGGUUGAUCAUUUUAAGAAUAAACUGACUUCAAAUGCACAAAGUUAUGUUAAGGCAUUUAGACAAUUGCUUGAAGGUUUCAGGUACUAAUAUAUAUGUAUUCAUGGACAUACUGUAGUGCAUUUGUUUACACGUGUAUUUCAUUAAGGCUAAUGCCCACAAACAGGAAGAAAAGAUUGUUUAAAGCACAGAAGUUGUUGAUCAUCAGUUGGCACGUCCGAUCAGGUCUAAUCAGGAACUUGAGAAAAAAAAUCUUGUCUCCUGUCUCAAAUACAACUUGAGAGCUGAAAGGAAAUGGAAGAAUUUUCUCCUGUCUCCACUUCCCUUAUUAUUGUAGCAAGGAACCAGAGACCCAGCAACAGUAAUUGAUUUAGCAGAGUCUGGUCUUGUACAAUCUAAGUUUUCUAAUUCUCAAUCUGGUGUUCUCUAUAUUAUACUAGAACUUCAGUAAGUUGUAACUUCUGUGAAUAUCAUAAUUCUUGUGAAUUUUAGUCUGUUUCAACUUGAGAAGCAUAUUCAGGCAGUGUUUUUGCUUCAUAACUAUGACAACCUUAGGAGAUGUUACUUAAAUUAGAAAAUAAGUAGACUGCAGUAGUGACCCUAAUUAGGACCUUGACUCAGUCAUGCUUCCCUGUCAGAGAACAUAAGCUUUUGUGAAGUAUUGAGGCUGCAAUAUAAAAGCAUUCUGGACUGCAAGUAGAAGACUAAUUUUUAAAAGCACUUAAAACACAGAACUAAGAUUUAGAGCAUAUAUCAUUUUAUAGUGAAAUAAUUUAUGUUCAUAAUGUGAACAUGCAAUAGAAUUAAAGCAUUACUCAUUUUAUAAUCUGAUCAUGAAUGGAGAAGGGAAUGUGAAUUUAUAACAAUGUGCUAUUUAAUAUCUGUAUUUGGAAUAUUUAAAAUAUUCUAAUGGUAAGGUUGCCAAAGUAGUUUUGAAUUCAUAAAAGUCAUACCACAAUAAUGUGGGCUAUGUUUACAGGCUCUUUCAUUUGGUAAUAAUUUCAUAGUUCAGGUGAAUUUGCAUAUAAGUCACUUGUAGUUAAUACAUUAUGGUAAAUGUUUAUUUGAAUAAACAUCUGGAUGAUAUGACAAGAUGUAUAUGAAUGAUGCCAUAGCCUGCUGCAAGCUGCCACAUCAACAAACGGAGUACUUUAUAUUAACAUUGCUUAUUUCCCACAUUUACUUCAGCUAUACAACCACAGUGUCUGGAUUUUUUGUGGUGCUUCUUCCAAAUGAAAUAGCUAUGUUUUUAUAAUCCACUGGAUUAAUUUCAUCCAAUAUUAGAUUUACUGAUCUGUUGGCAAAGAUUUACUAAUAUCUCAGUGUGAUCACAAUACAAGUUGUAGCAACCAUUUUAUAGAAGUCUUAAACAUAUAGAUAAAAAGGAAUUUUCAUAAUCCUAAAGCAUUUUUGAGGGCUGUUUGCUAGUAGAUAAUUUCAUCAAUUUGAAGAGUCCAAGAAACCCCUAAUUGUUUGGGGUUCAAUUUUCUUUACAAUGCCUACAACAAUUAUCAACAUUAUUAUAUAUAGCCUUCAUUUAUUUUUAGUAGCAAUUAUUAUUAUAAGCUUUUUGAUGUUAUCAGAAAUAACAAUUCCUAUUUCUGCCCAAAAUUAGACAUUUUAUUUCACAAUAUUGGUGAAUUUGCUUUGGGUAGACAACAAAAUAUUUGUUUCUAUAUAUAAAUUUGCUGCUAUUUAUUUUUAUGUUUUUCUAUUCUAGUAUAUUGUUGAUUUCUGAAGUUGAGUCACCAUUGUUUUUAUUUUGUCAUCCAAGCUAAGUGGGCAGUCAUAAGUACUAUCUGCUUGGGUGUAAUCUGUCUGAAUUAGUUAGACAUGGUUCAAUGCAUAAAUAAGUAAACAGAUUUUUCUUUUAAUUUGCAAUGUGAAAGUUACUAGUAAUCUUGCAAGUUAAAGACUAUAGUUUUAGGGAAGAGUUCAAACAUUUAACUUCCUGAAACCUUUUAAAAUUUCCAGUACAAGAAUGGAAAUGUUCGAAAGCCUUGUUAAGCUCACAAAAGUUUUAGUUAAACACUGUAGAGUUUUCCUAUCCGUUGUUGUGUAAAUGAUAUAGAAAAUAUUUUUCUAUGGAAAAAAAGUUGAAAACGUUAACUUCUUUAAUUGUUUAAAAGGGAAAGAAGGAUAUUUGUAUGUCUUUCAUGCUGUAAAGAAAAUGAAUGUAUCUUUCAAAUGUUAUUAGAAUUAUGACUUGAUUUUAAGGAUACUCAUUUUUAAAAAAGUCUUCAAAGGAUUGGAAAGAAAAAAAGGGAAAUUACACUUUAUAAAAAUGCAAUUUUAGAUGAAAAAUAAUUUCAUUAUAAACAAGAGCAAUCAUUUUGAAGCAUAUUACAAAUAUGUGCAUUCUUUUUCAUAUUGCUUUGUUUGGGCUCUAGAAAAGAAAUUUCCAGAAAAUUUGCACAUACUACUUUUAAGUGUAAAAUAUUCUAAUUCUAGACUUAUGGGGUGUGGGUGAAUGUUUGUAUGUGAGGUUAAACAUGCUGCUGCAUGUGUCUACCAUGGAGAAAAGUUCCCAAGCUUUGUCACUGUGGCAGACACAAGUGAGGAUAUCAUUGUAAGAAUGUGAUUUAGUUAAAACCUGAAAACCGUGCCUAAAAUUCACUACAGUUAAUUAUGUGCAGAGGUCCCUGACCCAAUAAAUGGUUCUGCCUUUUUAUUGUCAAAGUCAUAGACCAUUGGGCCCAACUCUGACUUGAAGCAGUGGUGUCUUAUAUGCUUCAGAUUAUUAGUGUAGAUGAACCAAAAAAAAAAAAAAAAUCUUCACUUUAAACCAACUUCUAUAGGCAUGAUUUGUUCAGCAGUAGCUUUAAAAGGUAGUAUUUACUGUUACUCAUUAAACUUGAUUCAACUGAGGCUGGAAACAGUGGCACAGGCCUGUAAUGCCAUCAACUCAGGAGGCUGAGGCAGGAGGAUUUAUAUUCAAUACCAGCCAAGGCAACUUAAACCUAUUUCAAAAUAAAAGACUAGGGAUGUCACUCAUUGGUACAGCACCCCUGCAUUCAGUCUCCAUUUCUGGGCAUGGAAGGACUUGAUUCAAUUAGAAUUUCAUUAUUUUGACUUCUGCUUAUUGUCGUCCACAUUAAAAAAAAAAAAAAAAAAAAAAAAAA